AUGUACAGCGUUCGAGAAAUUUUACUGACAAAACUACUGGAACCUGGAACUGACAUGUUUAAUAAAAAAUUUACAACAGUAGAUAGUUCAAAAAUUAAAAGUAUUAUUGGAAAUUUAACUGAUGAAAAACUUUAUGCACUCUUUAGGAAAGCAUUGUAG